UUUCACAUAACGGAACGAAAUUCCCAUAAACGAACUAUCAGGUAGGUGGUAGAACUAAGACCUAAACUCUAUUAAUGCACACCAUAAAAAGUCAAAGGUCUACAGUGAGAAUAGAACUAGUUCUGAGCUGGUAGGAAGAAAGAUUUCAGUUCCUCUUCAGAAUGCUCUUCCGCGAUUGCACUCUCGAAACUUACCACUCGAUCUCGAUUCCUCAUAGGAUAAACAAUUCCGCGAAGAAAUGGAAGUUUAUUAUAUUCUUAAACGAUUAUUGAUAGUUCUUCACGUUAAUCUCGCUCUGUGCAUCGGAAUGGACGAAAUAAUUUCGAGCGUGGCGAUGCUGGCGCAAAGACCAACAAGGAUUGUCGGAGGAAAAGACGCGGAGAAAGGGUUGCAUCCUUGGCAGGUUUCGGUGCAUUGGGGUGACCGAGCACGAAAAAUUCCAUCGAGACACAUCUGCGGCGGUAGUUUAGUGACAGCUGGAUGGAUUUUAACUGCGGGACAUUGCAAAACUCUGGCACCUGCAAUAGGAGAAUUUCACAUCUUUGUUGGGAAAUAUAAAUUGGAGGCUGUUGAAGAAACCGAGCAAAGUAGAUUAGUGAAUAGAGUAUUCGUUCAUCCACAAUACGAUGGGACCAUAGGACCGUACGACAUUGCACUGAUGCAAGUGGAAUAUCCACUCGAGUUAAAUCCUUUUGUUUCAACCGUUUCUUUACCGUAUCCAGAUACUAUUCCUACUGGAGAGGCGAUGUUAACUGGCUGGGGAAGUAUCGGAAGGACUCGUGUUCACGAAAAGCCUGAAAACCUUCAAGCAGCUAUACUACCGAUCAUCGAUUACGAUGUGUGCAUGCAAGCAGUAGCUAAAUCAUUAAAGCCGAAGGAAAAGAAUCCUCUACAUCCGACGAAUAUUUGUACAGGACCUUUGAACGGCAGCCUGUCUGCUUGCAAAGGUGAUUCGGGAGGACCAUUAGUCACGAGAAACGGGUUUGGCGAAGCAGAAGUGGUGGGAGUCGUUUCAUGGGGUUUAUUCCCGUGCGGCGGAAAGAACGCGCCCUCCGUCUACACGAGAGUGUCCGCCUUCGUCACGUGGAUCAGUAUGAUCAUGUUAAAUUAUUCUUAAAUGAUACCGACAGAUCGUUAUUGCUCAUUUGUUUUAUUCAAUAAAUAAUCAUUCGUUAAU